CGGCCCGUCAAGGUCGAUCCAUAAAGAGCGACCGUCUCGAAUCCCAACUGAACAUGAAGCCAAACAUCACGUCAAGUUAAUCAGACUGUGAAGGGCUGGGCUCAAUCUUUCCCCGAAUGACGACCGAUCUGGCAGCUCAACCGCCGCAAAACCUGCAGAGAAAAACCGGCCCGAGGCCUGUAAGCCUCACUCUCACCGGCUGGUUGCCCCCGAGGUGCUUGCUGGUGCGACACCACCUGUCUUUCAUUCUUCAACUUCCGGUUUCCCCGGUAGGUAUCACAAGAAAAAGAAGGUCAGAGUGAGACACACAAAGGGCCGUCCAAGCCAGCAAAGGCUGCAAUUACACCGCAUAUUAUGAGUAAGGUAUGUGACCAUCCGUCCAAGUCACUCGCUCACUCCUCGUCCUCUUUAUUUCUUUCUGGCCAAAACAAAGAGCUAGAGCAACAGGCCCUUCAGUGCCUCACCGAGGCGAGGCUGGUCUUAGCUUGCUCCUUUGCCGGCCGAGUCACGUCCACACAAGAUGUGGUCACAUACAUCCCGUACAGUAUGGGGAAUACAUUGACCUCGUAGCUACCCGUCACAACGCCUAGAAACCUUACAAGGCUCUGUGGCACGUCGGCAACCGCACAACCUUCGUCAUGCCCGUCCCUCGUACUUUCCAGUAACGAGUGUCACCUCUCACAGUGUACAGCGCAAGUCCAGGCAACCUCCCAUCCCAUCCGAGUGGCCGUCGAUAUUCCGAGAAGGGCAAAGAAAGUACCGCAAAGUACUUUGCAUAUCGGUAUGUCAGUUUAGUCAACCAUGCCGCCACUAGUUCCACGGUUCAAGAACCAACAGGUGGCAAUGUGAGUCUGGUGACGGCACCGCGCCGCCAUGUCAUGCGGGUAUGACUAGUAGGUUGAUGUUCCAAGAUGUCGACCUCGAGAUAGAGAUAUGACCCGGUGGAGCGGUCGACCCCCGGCAAGGUGUGAUGGCUUGGGAGACCGGCAGAAACUGGGUGUGGGAAGAGACCCUGAAGGCAGGCGACGUCUCGGCCCGGGGUUGCCUCUGUGGACGCAUUCUCUGGCAUCUGGUUAGUUGUUCAGCUUUUAUGGAGGGUGACUGCCACACCUCACCUACCGUAUUUGCUAUUCUUGGUGCAGUAGUCUUGUCAUCACGUCGCGCAGAAUUGGUGGACAAGCAUCUCUCAUACUUUCAUACUUGUCGUCUGAUGGAUAGGAGCCGCGAAAUGUGGAGCCGAGCCAGUGGAAACACCGUUGAAAGGAGCUUCCAGGCCAAGCCCAGGGGUUAUUACGACGCAAUGAAUCUCCUGCCCUGACGCCGCUUAGUUAGCCAAUGCUAAUUGGUUCGGGACCGAGAGGUGAGGGCAUACCAGGUUACAGGUAGCCCCAGUGGACAAACCUCAGAGCGCACAGCUUUCGGAGACAAUUCCGACGGAAUCCGCGGGUCGUCGGUGAAGCGUGCCAGUCCGUGAUUCAGGUUUCACGGGUCUACGACAUCCACCGAGUGGGAAGCAGAUCGACUGGGCUGGGUGCUUGAGACACAGAGAGAGGUCAGGGAGCCAUUCCCAUGCCACUCAUGUCUCGCUGUUGGAGGAGAGGGAAGAAAAAGUGGGACGACCCGACUGGUCGGUAACCAAUCAAAAGAAGAGGUUGGUUGCGCAGGCAGCUAGGGUCAAGGGCGGCGCUGGCCGCUUGGCAGGAGCCCAGCAGGUGGAGUAGGGAAAAAACAAUCGGUGCCCCCAAUCGCUGGGAACCCCAACUUCGGAGCGAGCAACGUUGGACAAAAGCGGCCCUGGACAGCUGACCGGGCCUUGAUUCCCUUUGAGGACCUUCAACUCCCACCGUCUGGGCUUCGGUGACUGGGGUGAACCCUCUUCAGGGCAUCGGAUGAGAGAAGGCCAAGGGAAAAAGGCAGCUGAAGCAAGGGAUGGAGCGGAGAUGUCGAGGACGACAUGAAACAGGCGGGCAUGUGGUGAGAAACAUGCAGGUGUGUACCUGCUUUUGCAGCCUCGCAGGCUUGCUUCCGAAAUGGCGCGAAGAAGAAGCGGCAUCGGAAAUUUGGCCGCGAUGAUCUGAGUGGGUGAGUAGUAAGGAGCUGGAACGCAUCAUGAUGGCAUGGUUCCAGCCCACGUUGCAUGCAACUCUGUUUUGGAAACCUGAUUAAACCUGCGCACCUGGCCAGCCAGCAGCUUCCCAACUUCGUUACGCGCUUUCUCUCAGAAGUGCAGAAGUGAGUGCGUUUAUCCGAGAUAAGGGAACUGCAACACGUCAAUCUGUCAUCUUGGAAACAGCGCCAUCCGCAAGCGGCGGCCCGGUGAACUGAUCAUGGUGGUGGGCGACCAAGUUGUGGGUUUCGGAUCUGGGAACUUUUGAGCCGUCUUUGUUACAACUCGUUCAAAGUUCUCGGAUGACGUGACCCGACAGGCUGGAGCCGACGUUCUUUGUUCAUCUUGAUGGCGAUAGUUUUGUGGGAUAUGGAUACAAGAAUCUUGGAGCCUUGCUUUGUUGGUUGCCAGCCACUCCACCACCGGUCUGCUGGUGAAGCGCCAUGCACAUGCUUGGCGAUGUCACUCGGUUGGUCGAGUUGCUGAAACAAAAUGAAAGAAGCGGAGGUGCCGCCGGCACGUCAGCGGGCAUUGGUGAAAACAAGGAGGUGUCUACGCACAUUGGAACUUGGGAGUGCCGGAUACGGGAGCGGGAGCGAUGGAGACGCCCGCAAGAGGGGCUACUUUCAAACCCGAACCGCUGGAACGGUGCAGCAGAAAACGUGAACGAUGGAGAGAGGUGGCAACUUUGGCAGUGCGCAUCUCGUAGGUAUUCUCCAAGAAUCAUCACAACAGGACCUCAGGUACCUUGACGGGAAGCAAACAUAGGUAGAAAUAAUACUCUGUACCUAGGUAGGCAGGGUAUUAAUAUGGCCUCGGGACCUUCUACCUGGGAGCUAGCAACCCCACACCCUUACUUUUACCACCUAACCCACCCGACCCCCGACACACCCCUCCGGGCAGCUCCUGCAACCGAGCUAGGUGUUCCCGCGAUACCGUGAUCCCCCGGGAAAAGCAGACGAGUAGAAUUUGGAAGGAAAGAACAAAGCAGACAUAUUGACAAGAUCAUCAAGGCCGAGUUCCAUUCUAUGUACCCGACGGUUCUGUCAUUGCUUUUUUUGAUUCCCCUGCUCCAUGCCCGGCGCAGGCAGUGCAUCCUGUCCGUCAGCCCCCCCGGCUCCCGCACCACCCACUGCGACGUAGCGCCUUCUGGUGGCUUUGCUUAGGUUAAUAAGGCACGCGCCCCCUGCCACCGGUCCAAGAGCUUCUUCCUUCCAUUCUAUUUGCUCCACCCACCCUCUUGAACAGUCGGGUGUCAUCCACAACAACUGCAAUCUCAAAUCGUCGAGCAGGGCCACGGCUCCUGCAACCGCGCGCUGGUCUCAGCUAAUUUACCGCUCUUUAUCAUCUUAUAUCGCAUUCCUUCCAACUUAAAAAACCACACACACAUCGCUCACCGUACCACUUGCUACCGGCACCACGGCGAAUGUUGGCUUCAAAAAGAUCAUUUGCUACUGUGGCCUGCCCGAUUCCAUAUGGAUCAUUGUGCUCGGCGGUUUUAAAUCUCUUGUGUCUGGUUUUCUAACCUCAUCUUUCCAGCUCUGGCACACUUCCAACAUUUCAAAUAGCAACCAUAUACUCAUAUUCACGACCUACCGCCCGUUUUCUCUUUGAUCAUUCGGAAGCUGUUGGAUUGGGCUGAUUCACAGCGGGAUGGCGAUGGAGUCCCAGCCAUCAAGGUCCUUCUAUAACGGCACCGGCUCAUCACAACAACAUGAGCAAAACACACAAGUGUACCAGGAAAAUGGACGAUGGUAUGGCACCAACAAAAAGGGUGCUUACAUGUUCCCCGUUGAUGCGGAUGAGCAAGACCGCCUAGACAUAUUUCACAAGUUUUGCUUGGUUGCUCGCAAGGAACUCCUGCACAAAGCCCCGGUCGCGGUAGAAGAACCAUCAAUUCUUGAUCUCGGCUGUGGCACGGGCAUCUGGACCAUCGAGAUGGCCGAGUAA